AUGUCCUGGAGAUCCCAAAUCUUUCUGGCUUUGAUGAUACUCGGGGCCAGAACUGUUGCUCGGAGCAUGACACCCUCCACGCUUGGACGGGGCCCUUCCAAUCUUCAAAACGAUUUGGCUAAGUUUGAUGAUUGCGUCGAUAGCGUAGAUCCUCUACCCUCGGAUGCUUUGUCUCCUCUAGGCAUGCCGCCCUCAUAUCCGACCCCAGACCUCAUGAUGAGGGUUCAUAUCAGUAUGCCAUCCAUUCCCAAUAACUUGUCUCAUUCAGUCUCCGUUCCUCCACCGUUGAACCCACUGUGGGACUAUGUGUCUUCCAACAGUCAACUCCCGUCACCAGAUACUCAAGGCGUAACCCUAGCAAAACGGAAGGCCUCUCAGAGGUCGAUCUCUCCGCCCGCGUUUGCCACACCUUGCGAGUUAUUCAGGCUCGGAGGCGAUGAUGCUGGAGCAGCUUGUCUUUCCAGUCGCAAUACCCUGAAUAUGAGUUCCCUUGAUAGCUUCUCAUGGUAG